AUGACUGCAGGUUCUGGAUUUGGUUCAAAUGCCUCCGGUCCUGCUGCUUCAAGCAAUCCAUUUUCUGCCUUGUCUUCUACUUCAGAUAAGCCAGCAGGCUCUGAGUCAAAUGGUGCUGCCAAGGUCAACCCUUUUGCAUCGCUCGUUUCAAAGCCAGCAACCACUCCUGCCAACCCUUUUGCAUCUCUUGUAUCUAGUAGCACUAUGAGUAGUACGAGUUCAAGUAGUCCAGCCAACGCUCCUACCAGCCAAUCUGCUUCAGCAGGGCCAUCAAAAUCUGUUCUUUAUACUGCUUUAAACGAGAACUUUUCAGCAUCUAUCUCUAAAGCUGCCUCGACAAAUACCAGUGUGUCUUGGAAGUCAUUGGCAGAGCAAUACUUGAAAUUCGCUGAUAGUAUCGAGUCUGGAAAGUACGAUCAAGCAGGCAAUUCCGAGAACAAAACCAAUCUGGCACCUGAGACGAAGCCACUUAAUGGCUUCUCUACUUCUGUUCCAGCUGCAAAUACUAAUAAUGCCAAGACCAGUACUUUCAGUUUUGGAGCCCCUACAUCUUUCAAAGCUGCUGGCUCUGCAACAGCCACCUCAAGUAAUACUACAACACAGCCAUUCUCAUUCUCUGCUAAGCCAGAGUCCCCUGCUUCGGGACCCAGUGCUGCAGUUAAUGAGAGCGAGAGUAAGGAUAAAAAAUCAGCAGCUGAGUCUGAUUCUGAUUCUGAUUCUGAUUCUGACUCGGACUCGGACGAGCAACCCAAGAAAGAGUUCAAAAUCGAAGGACCAAAAUUUACUUUGGACAAACUUCCAACUGCUAAGAAUGUUCCUUUCUCAUUCGAUAAGCCAGCUCCAAAAAAGAAGGACGAUUCUGAUUCUGAUUCUGAUGAUGAUAUCAAGAUCGAGGGCCCCACUUUCACUUUGUCUAAGCUCCCCAUGUCUAAAGAUGCUCCAUUUAAACUGACCAAAGAUGAUGGUGCUAGCACCAGCUCGCCAUUUUCUUUUGCUACAAAUAGCACCACUAGCAAAGAGGAUACCCAAGAGAAGCCAGAAGAAGAGAAGAAGUCGACUCCGUUCUCGUUCACUAGCACGAACUCGGCAAAGGAACAUACUGAGGAAACGAAAUCAACUCCAACCAAUAACACAAGCAUCACAUCAUUUGGAUCGAAUUCGGGCUCUACUACAACCACGACGCCAUUCUCAUUCAGUGCAUCGUCUCAAGCAUCCACUUCCAAGCCUAAUCCAUUUAGUUUUGGCAGCACCAAACCUGCUGAAGAGACAAAUGACGCAUCUGCUGCCAAACCGGUUACUCCUUUCUCAUUCUCAGCGCCUGCCGUUAACAACUCUGUGAAAGACCAUUCAUGGAGUCCUGCCAAGGGCAUUAAAUUUGGUUCUGAGACGGACUCCACUGCUACUGGUGCCUCUGCUACCACGUCAUCUGCUACCAUCGCCGAUGCAGCUGGAAAUGAUACCUCGGCUUCUAAACCUUCGUUGUUUUCUGCAAACACGACCUCUAACGAUAGCACCACAAAACCACUUUUUGGAUCAGGUGCCCCUGUCAAGCCAUUCACUUUUAAUGCUCCAUCAUCCACAGAUGCAACUGCUAAAGAUUCCCCAGCUCCUGUUUCUAACCCAUUUUCUUUCUCAGCUUCCAGCAGCAAUGCUAACAGUAAUGGUACUAAGACAGACUCUGGUGCUACAACUCCAUUCUCAUUUGGAUCUACUGCUACCACCAGCGAUUCCAGUGCCAAGCCAGCUCCAUUUUCAUUCGGCACCCCUGCUGCUACAGGGGACUCCAGUGUCAAACCAGCACCAACUCCAUUUUCUUUUAGCGCUCCUUCCACUACAAGUAGCACAGGUACAAGUCCUGCUCCAUUCUCCUUUGGAGGUGCUGCGGCUCCAUUCUCCUUUUCAGCUCCAUCUCAAACCAGUACUGCUCCUGCUGCGACUUCUGAAGCUGCCUCUGCUGGUGGGGACGAGGACUCGAUGCCAGCUGAGCCACAAACCGAUCUCUCUGGAAAAGGAGCUGGUGAAGAGGACGAAGACACUGUCUAUGAGAAGAAAGCUAAGGUGUACGAACUUGUAGGAAAGGAAUACAAAGUCCAAGGAGUUGGUCCUUUACGAGUCCUGGCCCACCAGACCAAUGGCAAGUCGCGAGUGCUCGUUCGUGCCGAGGGUUCAGGACGUGUUGUCCUCAACAGUCUUCUGCGUAAAGAACUUAAAUACAGCAAUGAAGGCAAAGGACAGGUGAAAAUCCUCGACAUCAAAGCCGAUGGCACACCCACCACAUACCUGAUACGUGUCAAAACAGAUCAGGACGGCAAAGACCUCUUCGAAGCACUGGAGAAGCAAAAGUCGUGA